UGCCACCAAAUUUGAAAAUAAUCCAACUUAAUUUGCUAGACCGUUUUUAUAGUUAUUUUCUACAUUUAUCCAAUUAAAUCCACCAAAAUGGAAAACGGAAAGAAAUCAAAGAAACAAGAUAGGGGAAGUAGUGGAUCUUCCGAGGCUCGAUAUAGAGGGAUUCGACGUCGGCCAUGGGGUAAGUUCGCUGCCGAAAUUCGCGAUCCGACGAAAAAUGGUGCUAGAAGAUGGCUUGGAACAUUUGACACGGCUGAAGAUGCGGCUCGAGCUUAUGAUAAAGCUGCCUUUGCAUUUAGAGGUCAUUUAGCUAUUCUUAAUUUUCCAAAUGAGUAUCAAUACCACAGCCAAACUAGUAAUGAGCUCUCAUUUGCUUCUUCUUCUUCGUCUCCGUCGUCGUCGUCGAGUUCUUUCGCUUCUGCUCCGGCAGCUUCGAGCUAUGGUACAAUGAUGGGUUCUUCUGCAGGACAUGAAGUGUUUGAGUUUGAGUAUUUGGAUGAUAAAUUGUUAGAAGAUCUUCUAAAUCAAGAUGGUAGGCUCUGUUAAUUUAUUCGCCAAGCCGAAUUACACCCCCAGAAAAUUAAUUCUUUCAUUUUAGUCCAUACAUUUUCAAAUUUCCUUCCUUAAUUAGUAUUUUGUUUUUUCCAUCAUAUGCCUCUUAUAUACUUUCUUUUGUCCCAUCAAUCUUUA